AUGGCUUCAGGAAAAGUAGAUUGGGGAGCAGUAACAAAAGAACAAGAUCUAUUGCAGGUGAAUGUUAAAAAUCUGAGCUUGAGUUCAGAAACUAAAGAGUUAGAAUCCAAGGAUAAAGACAAGGAUAAAGAUGAUGGUGCGGAUGGCCCCAUGUCACCGGCAGAAAAAUCGCUUCUGCAAAAAAUUAUUCACAAAGGUCUUGUUGAAUCGACCAAGGACCUGGAAAUCCAACGUAAAGAUCCUUCGUCGCCGUUGUACAGUGUCAAAUCUUUUGAACUCUUACAUUUAAAGCCAGAACUUUUGAAAGGUGUAUACGCAAUGGGAUUCAAUGCACCUUCAAAAAUACAAGAGACUGCUUUGCCGACUUUGCUCGCUGAUCCACCACAAAACAUGAUCGCACAAUCACAAUCAGGAACUGGAAAAACAGCAGCGUUUGUCUUGGCAAUGUUGAGUCGCGUUAACGUUGACAAGAAUUAUCCCCAGGUUCUUUGUCUGUCUCCUACUUAUGAGCUGGCGAUUCAAACUGGUGAAGUAGCUGCUAAGAUGUCACAAUUCUGCCCAGAGAUUAAGAUUAAGUAUGCUGUCCGAGGAGAAGAAGUCCCUCGCGGGUCAAAAAUCAGUGAUCACAUAAUUAUUGGAACUCCAGGAAAAGUCUUGGAUUGGGCUCUGAAAUACCGAUUCUUUGACUUGAGUAAAAUAUCUGUAUUUGUACUAGACGAAGCUGACGUUAUGAUCGCAACUCAAGGUCAUCAAGACCAGUGUAUACGCAUUCAUAAAAUGCUUCCAAAAUCAUCGUGUCAAAUGAUGUUCUUUUCUGCCACAUACGAACCCGAAGUUAUGGAAUUUGCUGAAAUAAUUGUCAGCAACCCCUUAAUUAUUCGUUUAAUGCGUGAAGAAGAAAGCUUGGACAAUAUUAAGCAAUAUUAUGUUAAAUGCAGAUCAGUUGAGGAAAAGUAUGUUGCUAUUACAAAUAUAUACUCCGUAAUCAGUAUUGGACAAGCAAUCAUAUUCUGUCAUACGAGAAGAACUGCAGGUUGGCUGGCUGAGAAAAUGACCAAGGAUGGUCACAGAGUUGCAAUUUUGUCAGGAGACUUAACAGUAGAGCAGCGGAUUGCUGUAUUAGAUAGAUUCAGAGCAGGUUUAGAAAAAGUUUUAAUUACUACAAAUGUUUUGGCCCGAGGAAUUGAUGUUGCACAAGUGACUAUUGUUGUAAACUUUGAUUUACCCAUGGACCAAAAUCGCAAAGCUGACUGUGAGACUUAUCUUCAUCGAAUUGGACGAACAGGGCGUUUUGGAAAGUCGGGUAUUGCCAUUAAUUUAGUUGAUUCAGAAGAAUCGGCGCUUAUAUGCCAAGAAAUUGAGAGGCAUUUCAACAAGAAGAUUCAUUACUUAGACGCUGAAGAUCCUGACGAAAUUGAGAAGAUUGGAACUUCGUAA